GCAGUUUUUGAAUCAAAGCAUGAGAGUUUGGCUUUACAAAGCACUGAGUUAUGUUUGAAAAAAUGAAACUUCAUGAAUCAGAGAAAAUAAAAAGAAGUUUCGUAAAGACGAACGACGUCGUUCUCAAAAACUAUAAAGGCAUCUUUUUCAAGCUUAAUCUUCUCUCGCAUGGCUGAAGCUAAUAGCCCGACUGUCUCCUCUUCCAAAACGGACCCAAAUCCGUGUCCGAUUUGUCUUGCAUCAGUCACCGAAGACUCUUAUCUGGACAAAUGUUUCCAUAAAUUUUGCUAUAAUUGCAUCAUAAGAUGGACGGAUGUAGUUGCGAGCAAGCGGUCACGCGCAUCUUCAACACUGGCAUGUCCUUUAUGCAAGACAGAGAACUUGUCCAUUAUUUACGGAUAUGAUGGGGCUUCUUUUCAACAGCACUAUAUCUGUAGGAGUUUGAGGAAUAGCAGAGAAUUCUUUUCGAGGGCUCACAGGAAUAGAUUAAAAUGUUACUAUACUGAACCAGGUGACCUAGCCGAUAAACUAUCUGUUUCACGUCAUUGGAAGUUGCGCAAGUAUUUGAAGCAGAAUCAUUUUUUGCCAGUCUGGUUAAGAAGAGAAAUUCAGGCGCUAAUGCAGGUGGAGGAUGUGGAUGUUAUCGUGUACCACAUACUUGGCGUGAUCGACUCAUUGAUAAGAGAUUGGUCGAAUAAUCCAAGAAUUUCAAGUGAAAUGGCACGGAAAGAGUUCAGGGUUUCAGUAUCUGAAGCGGUUAGGCGUUUUUUAACUGGUAGAACAGAAAGGUUUGUGAACGAACUGGAGCUUUUCCUGGCUUCAGGACUAAAUAUCGAUGCCUUUGAUAGAGUCUAUGCCGAGCAUUUAGGUUGGGAAAUUCAUGAAAUAAAUGAGGCUGACCGUGUUGAUUCUCCUCUGGAGCAAGUUCCUACUGUUCCAUGCUUGUACAUCUUUGAUGAAGAAGAUUUUGAUGGAAAUUGAAAUUUGUGCUGCUUUUUAAGGUGGCUUCUAUUGUGUUGUACAGAGUGUCCACAUCACUUGAGAAGCAAUAUGGAUGUUCAUUAGGUUUAUAAAACUUGUGUUUGCAGUCAUAUAGUGAAUUGAUUACUUGUAAACUCAUAUUGUAACACCCCGCCUACUAUAACUUUGACUUACAAAAAUUUUCGCGACUGUUUUCGAAAUAUACUUAUUUUGUUUUCGAAAAACGUUUAAACUUACUAACUUGUGGCACAACGGCCUCUUACUCUAUCGAGGUCGGGUUCUCGUGCCGGAUGAGAAACCACUCCGCGAGAAAAUC